GUGAUAGUGGAAGCACAGGAAUAGCCAAAGACGGGUUAAAAUUUUGUCUUGGCUAUCAUAUUGUAAAGGUUGACGGGUCAGAACAGAGCAUGGGACUUUUUGACCAACUUUUUGGGAUGAUGGAUGCUGACUGCUACAAGAAACAAACAGGACUUAAAGGAGAUAGUGCCAAAUCACAAACCGAUAAAUCACAAGCACAGGCGGAGGAGCAAACCAAAAGGCAAAAAGCAUCAACCGCAAAAGCACUUUAUAGAGCCAUAGAACCAAUUGGAGAAAAGACGAAAAAUGGAAAGAAAAGAAAGAGAUCCAAUAAAAAGAAGACGCAAGGACAACAAAAACUCGAUCUGGAUAGCACACAAAAAAUGGAAAGAAAAGAAAGAGAUCCAAUAAAAAGAAGACGCAAGGACAACAACAACUUGAUCCGGAUAGCACACAAAAAAUGGAAAGAAAAGAAAGAGAUCCAAUAA